AUGAGCGCUUCAUCAGCUGCGGCUGCUGCCCGCUAUCAACCCAUCUCGACACAAACCCCAAAUCUGUCCCAGCCUAGAACCCAACCUCGAGGCUCGAGCAGAAUCAUGAACCGAGAUCAAGACGCCAACGAUAGGGCGGGUCUGCUAGGCCAGGAUCCAGAUCACGACGUUGCUAGUUACUCGAGACCAUUCCGCACAGAUCCUUCUCCCAACGUUUCGCAUUCCAACAUUGUUCAACCCGGCAGGGGCACCAGCACGAUCCACUCUUACUCGACAGGCUCACAGUCGACCAACAACGGCACCGCCAUGCCUCGCUUCAUGGGCGCAUAUCGCGCUACGGCACCCAACUCCGAGUCGGACCUCAGCGUCCACUCUUCGUCCCAAUUCAGUUAUGCUACCAAUGCCGAAAAGGCCGCGUACGCCUCCAAGGCGGGCGCUGCUGGAAUCGCUUCCAGUUUUCAAGACGAGGACGACGAUUGGCUUCACGAUCCCAAAGCAAAGAGCACAGUCGGCACUGCCGAAUCCCUCACUUCAAUGCGAGGCCUUCUCAACGUCGGCACGCUCCUUCUCAUCGGCUUGUGUCUUCUCAUGCUCUUCCUCGGCUACCCCGUCCUCAUCGAGAUUCGCAAAAAGUAUGCCGAUGGCACCGCUUCAGCCUCGCUCUCCACCACAACCACCUUCACCACUUUCCCCGUCAACAUGAAGCGCGGCUUGGUCGAUCAAGAGACACCGCAGUCGGCAUACAAGCGUACCUCGCCCGUUGACAAUUCGGCAUGGCAUCUGGUCUUUAGCGAUGAGUUCAACACGCCUGGUCGAACCUUUUGGCCCGGCGAUGAUCCCUUCUGGGAAGCCUACAACGGAUGGUACUCGGGUACCAACGACUACGAGUACUACUCGCCCGAAGCCAUCAACACCACCGACGACGGCUACCUGCAGAUCUCGUUCGAGGAGAGGGAGACCAACAACCUCAACUUCCGUUCGGGCAUGCUUCAAAGCUGGAACAAGGCCUGCUUUACCGGCGGUUACCUCGAAAUCAAUGCGCAGCUCCCGGGAACCCCCGACGCUGCCGGUUUCUGGCCUGGUCUUUGGCUCAUGGGUAACUUGGGCCGACCAGGCUACAACGGCGUCAACGAAGGUAUCUGGCCGUAUUCGUAUGCUGGAUGUGAUACCGGUGCGCUGCCCAACCAGACGUGGAUCAACGGCACCGGUCCACACCACGCCAUUGUCGCCAACGGUCAAUUUUCCUACCAGGUCAACCACAAACUCUCGUACCUGCCAGGUCUGCGCUUUCCGGCGUGCACCUGUCCCGGCGAAGACCAUCCGGGUCCCAACAACAACGUGGCGCGUAGCAGUCCGGAGCUCGACAUGCUCGAAGCCACGAUCGGUGCCAACGGUGGUCAGUCGUCUCAGUCGCUCCAAGUGGCUCCGUUUGACAUUGAUUACUUUUACAACAACGUGAGUGGCACCGACUACAUCAUCCAUGAUAGAGACACCACCAAGAUCAACGGAUACCAUGGCAACGAGCUGCAAGAGUCGGUCUCUGCGCUUGCCGCGAUCCCCGAUCGAGCGUACCAGAGACACGCGAAUGCUGGGUUUGUCAACUUUGGCGUCGAGUGGGAGCCGGACAUGAACGGCGAUGGUAAAGGCUUGGAUGGCGAGACGGACGCCUACAUUACGUGGUACAUUGAUGACAAGCCCACGUGGACAUUGAAGGCGAGCGCACUGACGGGGGUGCCCGAACUGGACAUCAGCAGGCGCUUGAUUCCGAGAGAAGCCAUGUCGAUGAUCGUCAACCUGGGCAUGGCGUACAACUUUCAGCCUCCGGUAUGGAGGCAGUUGCAAUUCCCCGGAACACUCAAGAUUGACUACAUACGCAUGUACCAGCGAGACGGCAGGGACGAUCGCGUUUCGUGCGAUCCAAACGAGCUGCCUACGCGCAAGUACAUCGAGAGGCACAGCGACAUCUACCAGAACAAGAACAUUUCGCGCUUCCCCAAGGAUCGCAUUCCUAAAAAUAGGUUGACGCAUCCUGGCUGCUGA